UGUUGAAUCACUGUUUGAAUGCAUUGAAUGUAUGCCUUAAAGUGUGUUAGUGUUGACCAUAAAAGCAAUACCUAUUGACAGUCAUAUCAAUUACAAGUGUUAACCACUUGUUACCACCGAUUGACUUAAGUGUAGACACAAGUGUCACAAGUUUUUGGAUUAGUCUGACAGCCGAAGACAUGUCUGGCGACGACUUGACCAGCAAUGGUCUGAACGGUAACGGUUUGGAUGACCAGAACGGCACCGAUAUUCCCGAAAUUGAACUCAUUAUCAAAGCGUCGACCAUCGAUGGCCGUCGUAAAGGUGCGUGUCUUUUCUGUCAGGAGUACUUUAUGGACCUCUAUUUGUUGGCUGAGCUCAAGACCAUCUCUUUAAAGGUAACGACCGUUGAUAUGUUGAAACCACCGCCUGAUUUCCGGUCUAACUUUGACUCGACUCCCCCACCAAUCCUAAUUGAUAGGGGACAGGCGGUCCUCGAAAAUGAAAAGAUUGAGCGCUAUAUUAUGAAAAGCAUUCCCGGCGGACAUAAUCUGUUUAUUUCGGACAAAGAGACGGCCACAACCAUUGAGAACCUCUAUAGUAAAUUCAAGUUAAUGUUAACAAAACGAGACGAUGCCUCCAAAAAAGCACUUCUGGUUCACCUCAAGAAUAUUGACCAACACUUAGAAAAACGUAACUCAAGAUUCCUGACCGGAGACACAAUGUGUUGCUUUGAUUGUGAACUUAUGCCUAGACUUCAACACAUCAGAGUUGCCGGCAAAUAUUUUGCUGAUUUUGAAAUACCAGAAGAUUAUGAACACAUUUGGCGCUAUAUGUACCACAUGUAUCAAUUGGAUGCAUUCACACAGUCGUGUCCCGCAGACCAGGACAUCAUAAAUCACUAUAAGCUACAACAGGGCGCUCGUAUGAAAAAACACGAAGAGUUGGAAACACCCACCUAUACGGCUUCCAUACCACCCAAUGUCGACACUAAUAAUUAUAAUAAUCGACAUUAAAUAAACAUUUUGAUAAUAAUUAUUAUUAUUGUUUUCAAAUUAUUAUUAUUGUUUGUUUUUUUUGUUCAGACAAAACUAUAUUUACUUAUUACAAUAUUUUUAAAAUGAAUUAAUUUGCGUUUGAUUUUUAAAUUUGAA